AAGCAAAACACCAAGAAGCGAACCGCGGCCGCGGCCGCGCGUCGCGUUCGCGGGAACGGCCGCGUUCGUGAAACGAACCGUCGCGGGAAAUGGGCUUUCCGCCGUGGCCCUCUACGGCUUCGACCAAUUCGCUACAUAGCCGAGCACAGGCCGCGGAGCGAUCUGCCGAGGACAUCGAGGCUCCGGUGGCGAAUGGCUUUCGCGUUCUCCCAGAGAAUCGCUCCAUCGAAGUCGAGGAGCAAAAUGUGGCUCCCUUCUCCGUGCCACAGGAAGUGCUGUCCUUCCAGCCAGACGACCAAGCAGUCUUUGCUCGCUUUAUGAAUGGAGACUGCGAAAGGAAGCUACAUUGCAAUAUUGAGCUGUUGGCAGAUGAAUUGGAGGCGGAAAAGCCGCGGAUCUAUGGGUCGGGUCAACGCCUGAUUGCACCAGCUCCUGGGCCUGGGGGUCAAGAUCUGCGCAUUCGACUGGCUGGUUAUCGGACUCAUACCGCAUGCAGUGAUCCUGGUCCUGAAGGCGAACGAGCUGAGCCUUGGUCUUCUCAGUGGCGCGCUGAGUUGGUGGGCGCCUGCACUCCUGAGCAGCUGCUGGACCUUGAUUUGUCUCCGCUGGAAUCUUGGGUGCCUCGCCUCAGUGCUUGUGGUGAGUGGUCUCCAUUAGCCAGGUUGGGACGUGGCUUGAGAGCUGGUGUUGCAGCCCGCAUUCGUCUGAGCGGCGAGUCGACUGCAGUGUGUGAAUCUCCCAGGUUGGCUGUGCAGAAUCGGACCUACGUGGUACUUCGAGCGGCCCCGCCUCACGCAUCUGGGUGGACUACAUCCUACAACAUCUACGUCUCCAAGGUGCGGGGCAGUGCUGGCGAGAGGUUCCAUCGUGACAGUGUGUCGCACGCCUUUGCUAGCCGUGCUGAAGCUUCUGCUUACGUUCUGGGCGCCGGUUGCUCAUGGCCGCCGGAGUACCAGGGGGACACAGUUUUGUUCAAGUCUGUGGCUUAUUUGGUGAAAUGUCGGUCUGGCGGCUUCAUGUUUUUGGUGCCCGACGUUCCAGAGGUGACCGACUUUGUCACUGCUCAGGAAGAUGUGUUUGGAUGCAGGACUUGCACCGUCACCGUGGAGCUUCCUCGUGGCAAACGCACCUCAGAAGAGAAUGCAGUGUUGGUGGAUGCAACUUGGGAUCACGUUUCUUCUUUCACCCGAUGGUCGCCCCUUCGUGGCGACGAAGUAGAAACUGUGCAUCGCUUCUAUGUGGGGCAAAGCGCGGGCAGACCAUCCGCGGAGGCGGUGAUGGCGGCCGCAGAUGCUUGGAUCCACGAUGCCAUGGACGACGACACCGCUGGAGACUAUGUGACCGGCGACAGCGGCUUAGAGGGUUUUGCAGAACCUCCAGAUUCGGCCGCUCCGCCGCACGGUGGAACCGUGGAGCAGGAUGCUGUGCUUCAAAUGCAGCAGCGUAUCCUCGAGCUAGAGACUCGCCUGGGGACUCUCCAAGGCAGUGCCGCUCUCCAUGCUACUCCAAAGGCUGGUGGUUUGCAGCUGCUUUCUUCUCCGUCUCAACCAGCGGAUGCUCAGGUGCUUCAAAGAUUGCGAGCAUUGGCAGGUUCUGGGCCAGGACGUCUUGGCGCUCACGAACGUACUGCUCGCGCAGAACGGCCGGAGGUGGCGUUCGACAAUGCUCUGCAAGAGGAGAUGCUGGGGGCUACAGAGGAGGACGAGCUGCACGAAGCUCUGGCUACUACGCUGGAAGAGGUGCAGGAUCCUAUGCAGCGCCUUCUGGUACUACAGACGCAGCAGCUGAGCAUGUUGUCAAAGCAUCUCACAGCCAAGAACCUGGACCCAAUUCAGAAAGCUCUGGGGGGCUCCGAUGCAAGCGGCAGUUCAAGCUCAGGAGUCCGCGGCUGUCUGGCGCGGGAUGCCUUUUUGAAGAUGAGCCAAGAUCUUCCUCGACUAGCCAGUGUGGGGGAGCAGCAGAUUCUGACCGACCUCGGUCUCCAAGCGCCAGUAGGAGCGCGAUCUGGAAAUCGGGAGCUGCAGGGCUUUGCAAUGAAGGGCAUGACGUUUGUGGAUCAGGCGUCGAUAGAUGCAGGCCGUACUCAAUUAGCAUGGCUUUUGACAGGCCUGCCGGAGCCAAACUAUCAAGUUUGCCAGAGGAACAAGCAGAGAGCUCAGUUGCAACCUUUCUCCAAACUGACAUCGGCGACUGCAGUGGCAGCCAAUGUGUCUUACCUGAAGGAUCUGGACUUUUUGGAAGGUGACACCAAAGCCAAAAAGGAAAGGCAAGGGAAAAGGAAAGGGGUCUCCCAGCCCAGCCGGCGAAGAGGCCACUACAGCUCCGAGCUGAAGUCUGAGGCAGUGCACCCAGAGCUGUUAUCCCAUGAUGACCUUUGUGGGAUGCAUUCGGGCAGUACGAAGUUGCUGUCUGACUUUGAAGUGCCUGCAACAAUUCAGUGCAUUGAAAUCAUGCGGGUGGUCUUGCAGUUAGUUGGCCAGAGUCAUUCUGGCUUAGGUGAGUUCCUGCGUCGAAGUCUUUUUCGCAGGAAGUCAUCAGCUCCUCGCCAUGUUUGCGGCAGUUGUACUUCUGCCGAUUUAUGGCCCUGUCCCCCACCGCUGUGGCGAUGGACGGGCCCAGCUAAGCUCUCCCCCGGGCGUCGCAAGAGAAGGAAGUUUUUAGAGACCAGGGCGAAGUUGUUGCAAGUUGUCAUCAUUGUUCUCAAUUGGCUUAGUUUGGGGUACCCAAAAUACCCCUCAACUGUGUGCGAGUUGGGUGCCAAAAUCAGUGAUCAGCAGCAUGCCAUGAUUGAGCGUCUGGAGAGCCUGGUGGGCUAUUUUCUUCUUGCAGAACCCGUAGCUGCGGCCGAGCUAGGCCGGGCAGGGGAAAAGCUGAGCAAAAUUUGUGAUGCAGUAAUCCAACUCCCUUCCACUGUUCCAGACAUCAGUUGGGAUGAGAUGGCAAGUUUUUUAGAUAUGAUUCACCGGGAUUUUGAUCCAUACAGCAGUACAGCAGCUGCCCCUGACCAGCAAACUCACCAUGAUGCUUCUGGUGAACCAGUUCCAGAUCAAAACCGUCAGCUUGGUGUAGAUGUUCCGCUGAGUGUUUCUCCAGCAAAGCCAGUCAUUGCGGAGCGCAUCAAAUGGAAGCUAGGACCCACUUUCAACCCUGAGCCUUUUUUGGUUGAUCCUGUUGUUCAAGCUGCUUUCAAAGACCCUGAUGUCUUGCGUAAACCUGCAACUGACUGGCCAGCCAAGCGGAGAGCGCGAGUGCAUUGCGACCGAGCUGAACUGAAGAAGCUGGCGGAAAAGUGGGACAAGCUGGGCGCCUGCGCCCUUAUUCCUGUGCAUUGUGAUGUUUUCAUGAUGGAUGCUAGUCCUUUUGGUGGCGCGCUCUGCAGAACACGUGUGGGCGCUUUUGCUGCCGAAGAGAUGUGGCGUCAUACAGAGCAGAGAGGUUACUAUACCGCGCUUCAACAUGGAGCGCGUGAAGUGCUGCAUGAAAAGGGCCUGGACCAUGAGGAAACCUUUGGUCCUCCCAGCGAGCAGACUGUGGACUUUGCUGUGAGUCUCUCACCGGCACCUCUGUGGCCCGGUGUCGAAGAUGUGACCUUCGACUGCAUUGAGCUGUUCUCUGGCUCCGGUAACUGGAGUAAGGCACAUGCUGCUGAAGGUUUUCGAGUGCAUCCUGGCAUUGAGCGUGGUGCUACUGGUGUGAGCUUUGGUGAUUUGAUGGACCCAGUCACCUUUCGGAAGACGGCUGCUUUAGCUGCAUCUGGAAAGGUGAAGGAGUGGCACGCUGGGCCGCCGUGCUGGUCAUUUGGCACUUUACGGCGCCCGAGAUUGCGGAGCAAGAUGUUUCCAGCUGGCUUCAAUCCUUCUGACCCGGUGACCUAUGAGCAGACCAUUUUAGCAAUGCGUACGGCUUUCAUUUUGACUUUAGCGCUCCUGAGUG